CGGAGGUGGGCUGCGGCUCAGAGCGCGAAACAUGGCUGGGCUGGGCGGCGGCGGCGGCGACGGCCGCGACGGCGGCCACAAGGCCGGGGACGACGAGGGCGUGCUGAAGGCGGCCGUGGAGGUGUUCGGGAAGCUCAAGGAUCUCAAGUGCCCUGUCCUUGAGGGUCUGUAUAUCACAGAGCCUAAGACCAUUCAGGAGCUGCUGUGCACUCCCUCGAAAUACCGCUUGGAAAUCCUGGAGUGGAUGUGUGUUAGGGUCUGUCCCUCCUGGCAGGAGAAGUCCAGCUCGCUAAAGGGAGCCCCAGUCGAGGUGAAGAUCCAAGAGAUGGUGAAACUGGGCCAUGAGCUGAUGCUGUGUGGGCUGGCUGACCAGGAGCUCCUGAAGGGCCGGGCCUGCGCCCAGAAGCAGUUGCAACUCAUGGACCAGCUGCUGGAUGCGGUGUGGAGCCUGAACGUCGGAGGCGCCAGCUGCUCCAGUGCGAAGGAGCACUUGGAGGACACCAGAGAGAAGAACGAGGCGCUGCUGGGGGAGGUCUUAUCCAGCCCAUGCCUGCAGACGCUCCUGAGCCCACAGUGUGACCCGUGGCCCGUGGACGUGCAGCCCCUCCUUGAGCAGCAGAGCGAUGACUGGCAGAGGGCCCGCCCCUCUGUGGAGUUGGAGGAGGAGAAGGUGAUGGAGCUGGCCAGGCAGCUUCAGGAGAGUGUUGCCAAGCUGCAGACGCUCAGGGUAGAGUGCUUUGCGCAGCAGAAGCAAGGAGCUGCUGUGAGUGGGGCCGACACCAGCACCCUGGACCAAAAGCUGCGCCUGGUCAUCUCCGACUUCCACCAGCUGGUUGUGGCUUUUCUGCAAGUGUACGAUGACGAGCUGGGUGAGUGCUGCCAGCGUCCGGGCCCCUACCUGCACCCGUGUGGCCCCAUCAUCCAGGCCGUGUACCAGACUCUGACUUCGUGCAGCCAGCUGUUGAAAGCGGUCACGGAGGUCACUGACACUUCGGCAAAUGCCGUGCAGAUGGUGGAGCAGCAGCAGGGCGAGCAGAUGUGUUGGGGCAGCAGCAACUCCAUCAUGAGUCUAGCCAGCAAAAUGGAAGAACUGACUCAGAAAUACAAGGUCUUCCGUGACAGUCUGCAGAAAGGCGUGGAGUAGUCUGCGAGCGGGCGCUGGGCCCUGAAGCGCCAGGUGGCGGGG